GGGCCGGUAGUACUAUGAUUUGGUAUGUGGCCGCUUUGGUAGCAAGUGUGCUCGGCGCCCGCGGGCUGCCCGUCCAAGGUGCCCUUGGCUCGAGGGAGGAGCCCGAGUUCGUGACCGCUCGCGCUGGCGAGAGCGUGAUCCUGGGAUGCGACGUGAUCCACCCGCUCACGGGACAGCCCCCUCCCUAUGUCGUGGAGUGGUUCAAGUUCGGCGUCCCCAUCCCCAUCUUCAUCAAGUUCGGGUUUUACCCUCCCCAUGUCGACCCAGAGUAUGCCGGCCGGGCCAGCCUGCACGACAAAGCCUCCCUGCGCAUUGAGCAGGUGCGCUCCGAGGACCAGGGCUGGUACGAGUGCAAAGUGCUCAUGCUGGACCAGCAGUACGACACCUUCCACAACGGCAGCUGGGUCCACCUCACGGUCAAUGCUCCCCCCACGUUCACGGAGACCCCGCCGCAGUACGUAGAGGCGAAGGAGGGCAGCAGCGUCACCCUGACCUGCAUGGCGUUUGGGAACCCCAAGCCCAUCGUCACCUGGCUCAGAGAGGGAGACCUUUUGGGUGCCAAUGGCAAGUACCAGGUGAGCGACGGGAGCCUCACGGUGCUCUCGGUCAGCCGGGAGGACAGAGGUGCCUACACCUGCCGGGCCUACAGCAUCCAGGGCGAGGCUGUGCACACCACGCGCCUGCUCGUCCAAGGACCUCCCUUUAUCGUUUCCCCUCCGGAGAACAUCACAGUCAACAUCUCCCAGGAUGCGCUGUUCACCUGCCAGGCCGAGGCGUAUCCCGGGAACCUCACCUACCUGUGGUACUGGGAGGAGGAGAACGUCUACUUCAAGAAUGACUUGAAGCUGAGGGUGCGGAUCCUGAUCGACGGGACGCUGAUUAUUUUCCGUGUCAAACCAGAGGAUGCUGGAAAAUACACCUGUAUCCCCAGCAACAGCCUGGGCCGCUCGCCAUCAGCCUCUGCCUACCUGACAGUGCAGUAUCCUGCCCGCGUGGUGAACAUGCCCCCCAUCAUCUAUGUUCCCAUCGGGAUCCACGGGUACAUCCGCUGCCCGGUGGAGGCGGAGCCCCCGGUCACGCUGGUCAAGUGGAACAAGGACGGGCGUCCCCUGCGAAUCGAGAAGUAUUCUGGCUGGAACCUGCUGGAAGACGGGUCGAUCCGGAUCGAGGAGGCCACUGAAGAUGCUCUCGGCACUUACACCUGUGUGCCUUAUAACGCCCUGGGUACGAUGGGCCAGUCUCCCCCUGCCCGACUGGUACUGAAGGACCCCCCCUAUUUCACGGUGCUACCAGGCUGGGAGUACAGACAGGAGGCAGGGAGGGAGCUGUUGAUUCCUUGCGCUGCUGCCGGAGACCCCUUUCCCAUCAUCGCCUGGAGAAAGGUCCUCUCGGAAACGGGGGAACCGUCUGCCUUGCCACGACCGGAGAGACCAGAUCCCCUGCCGGUGGCCGGCGGUGUCCCCUGGGCCGCGCAGGUAGGGAAGCCCAGCAGGAGCAAGCACAACACGCUGCCCGGCGGGACCCUGCAGAUCCGCUCCCUCGGCAAGGACGACCACGGCGAGUGGGAGUGCGUCGCCACCAACAUCGUCGCAAGCAUUACUGCCAGCACCCACCUGACCGUCGUAGGGACAAGCCCUCACGCCCCGACCAGCGUGCACGUCGUGGCCGCCAUGACCUCAGCCAACGUCUCCUGGGAGCCCGGCUAUGACGGUGGAUACGAGCAGACUUUCUCAGUUUGGUACGGCCCUCUGAUGAAGAGAGCCCAGUUUGGACCCCAUGACUGGCUGUCUCUCCCUGUGCCAGCUGGUUCCAGUUGGCUACUGGUGGAUACCUUGGAACCAGAGACUGCCUACCAGUUCAGUGUCUUGGCUCAAAACAAGCUGGGCACCAGCUCCUUCAGUGAGGUGGUCACUGUGAACACUCUAGCAUUCCCUGUAACAACUCCAGAGCCUCUGGUGUUGGUUACCCCACCGAGGUGCCUAACAGCCAACCGGACACAGCAAGGCGUCCUCCUGUCGUGGCUCCCUCCCGCCAACCACAGCUUCCCCAUCGACCGCUACAUCAUGGAAUUCCGCGUGGCGGAGAAGUGGGAGAUCCUGGAUGAUGGCAUCCCGGGCUCCGAGAGCGAGUUCUUUGCCAAGGACUUGUCCCAGGACACCUGGUACGAGUUCCGUGUGCUGGCGGUCAUGCAGGAUCUCAUCAGCGAACCCAGCAACGUCGCUGGCGUGUCCAGUACAGAUGUUUUUCCUCAGCCUGACCUGACGGACGAGGGCCUAGCCCGCCCGGUGCUGGCUGGCAUCGUUGCCACCAUCUGCUUCCUGGCUGCUGCCAUCCUCUUCAGCACACUCGCCGCCUGCUUCGUCAACAAGCAACGCAAACGCAAGCUCAAGCGCAAGAAAGACCCUCCUCUCUCGAUAACCCACUGCAGGAAGAGUUUGGAGUCCCCGUUGUCUUCCGGCAAGGUGAGUCCUGAGAGCAUCCGCACGCUCCGUCCCCCCUCGGAGUCCUCUGACGACCAGGGCCCUCAGGCCAAGCGGAUGCUGAGCCCCACCAAGGAGAAGGAACUCUCCCUUUACAAGAAGACCAAACGAGCCAUCAGCAGCAAGAAGUACAGCGUCUCCAAGGCGGAGGCCGAAGCUGAGGCCACCACUCCAAUCGAGCUCAUCAGCCGCGGGCCGGACGGACGCUUCGUCAUGGACCCAGCGGAGAUGGAGCCCUCCCUGAAGACACGGCGGAUCGAGGGCUUCCCCUUCGUGGAGGAGACAGACAUGUACCCCGAGUUCAGGCAGUCAGACGAGGAGAACGAUGACCCCGUCGUCCCCACCUCCGUGACCGCCCUGAAAGCCCAGCUCACCCCUCUCUCCUCCAGCCAGGAGUCCUACCUUCAGCCACCAGCAUACAGCCCCCGGUUCCACCGGGCUCUGGAGGGUCCCGGCACCCUGCAGGCCACCGGCCAGGCCCGCCCGCCGGCCCCCCGGGCUUUCCACCACCAGUUUUACGGUUACCUCAGCAGCAGCAGCCCCGGGGAGGUGGACCCGCCGCCCUUCUACAUGCCAGAAGUCAGCCCACUGAGCUCGGUCAUGUCCUCCCCACCGCUGCCCCCCGAGGGGCCCUUCGGACACCCCACCAUCCCCGAGGAGAAUGGGGAGAAUGCCUCCAACAGCACGCUGCCCCUGGCCCAGACCCCCACGGGGGGCCGGUCCCCCGAGCCCUGGGGCAGGGCCGAGUUCCCCUUUGGCAGCCUGGAGCUGGCCCCCGCGCCGUUCCCCCACCAGCUCCAGCCCUGCGAGGCAGCCGAGGGCUCCCAGCCCACGGGCUGCCUUCCUCGGGGGCCACCACCUUCCUCCCUCCAGGUGGUCCCCGCAUCCUACUCGGGCAUCCUGCCCCUGGAGGCACCAAAGAGCUGGACCGGCAAGUCACCGGGCAGGGGUCAAUCCUCCGUGCCCACUACCACCAAGUGGCAGGACAAACCUAUGCAACCCAUGGGAUGUCAAGGGCAGCUAAGACAUACCAGCCAAGGUAUGGGCAUACCCGUGUUGCCUUACCACGAACCGUCCGAGCCCGUCGGCCCCAGCGGCACAAGCACAUUCAGCCUGGACACCAGGUGGUACGAGCCCCAACCCCGACCUCGGCCCAGCCCUCGGCAGGUCAGGAGGGCUGAGCCCAGUUUACAUCAGGUGGUGCUACAACCUUCAAGGCUUUCUCCUCUGACCCAAAGUCCCCUGAGCUCCCGCAACAGCUCCCCGGAGCUGACUGCCCGCGCCCGGCCCCGCCCGGGGCUCAUCCAGCAGGCGGAGGUGUCGGAGAUCACGCUGCAGCCGCCCGCGGCCGUCAGCUUCUCCCGCAAAUCCACGCCGUCCUCCACGGGAUCUCCGGCGCCGAGCAGCCGCGGGGACAGCCCCAGCUUCCGACCGACCACCGCCUUCACCCCCGUGGGCACCGGCUUCUCCAACUCCCAGGGCUCCUCCCUGCCCGUGGACACCAUGGAUGUUUUCGGAGACAUCCCUUCUCCAAGGAGGGCUGACGAGGAGAUUCUCCAACCGGAGCCGACAUCCACCACCACGGUAGCCGCCACAGGAAAACGUCCAUCUCCGCCCGGGGACACUGCUGCACCUGAGAGGCUCGAAGCUCUGAAAUACCAGCGGAUAAAGAAGCCCAAAAAGUCAUCCAAGGGCUCCUCGAAAUCCAGAAAACAACUCAAUGGCUCUGCCUCCCAGGUUCAGCACCCUCCCAGCUCUCAGGUACUGUCACCUGACGAAGCUGUCUGCCUCCGCAAGAAGAAGAGACACCCUCGUCAGGACCCCUUCGCCCGGCUCUCAGCGCUGAAGGACGACCUCUGCCACCGGCAGCUCCCUGAAGACCAGACAGCCAUUCUCAACAGCGUGGACCACGAUGACACCAGUGGGCACGCCACCCUGCUCUAGCCUGGCGCCGGUCCCAGGAGGUUGAACAGGAGCGGUGGAGGGAGCUGGUGUCACACCACGGGGGGAUGGAGGUGAUGGGAAAGAGGGGGGGACGCCCCU